AUGGUGUCCUUAACAAGCCUUGAUCUAGAAAAGCGAAAGCGCUUGCCGACCCUUUUCGAGGUUCUCAGUCGCUACACACUCGCUCCUGUCGAUCUUUUCUCAUUCUACAUCUACAUGCGAGACCAACAGCGAUCAGUUGACUAUUUGGAUUUCUGGCUCGAUGUCUCACAGCACAUGUCCCUUUGCCGUCACUACGUCCGAGAACUACGCCGUUCAGUCCUCGUAGCCACACCCGAAGGGGGUAGCAGACCGUCAUCAACCAUUCUCGAUAAUAUUCCAGACAUUCCAACUGAAGCCGGCCCGUCGGGAUACUUUUCUGCUUCGAAUGAGAAAGAUGCAGACUCCAGGCUCUCAGCGUUUCUACGUUCAGAGAACCCAUCGCAGCCUUCGCCGCCAAUAAGUGGACACUCGGAGAAGCACUCGUCAGAGGAAAGACCACCGCGUCCUAGUUUUAUGAAUUCUACACCCGAAACCCGCUACGACUCCUCAAAUUCUCCCGGUCACACAGUGGCGCGAACAGAUAUCCGUCGAAGUGCAGAAAAGAUCUUGUACACAUAUCUCAUUCCCGAUUCGGAGCGUGAAAUCGUCUUACCAGAGGAAAUGUUGACUUCGAUUAUCGAUAUGGUGGAACGUGACGGCCGAGAUGACCCAGAAGUAUUUGAUCAAGCCAAAGAUUACGUCUUUCAGGCAAUGGAGCGAGACGCUUUUCCGGGAUUUUUGCAGGCCAAAGCUCUUGGGAAUCUUGUACCUCUCAGCAUUCUGUCGCGUCUAGCAUUCGGAUUAAUCAGCUUUUUGGGGGCUUUCUGGGCGUCGUUUUAUGUUGUUUUGACUGAUAAAUCGAGAGCAACACGGUGCUGGGUCAUACUUCCCUUUGUCGUGGCAUCUUACUUUAUCACGACAUACCAAUAUAAAAUCGACCCAUUCAUGGCUCUACUUGGAUUCAGCGAGUAUACGUUCAUGAAUUGGCAGAGGAUACAAGAACCAUAUGUUCGUUCCCUACUCAACCAGCGUGCUUUGGUGACGUUGGCAUAUGCCCUUCUCAUCGCUGCUGCGUUGAGUGUACUUUUCAUAUUUGUGCCGGGUAUUAUGCUUUGACGAGUCGUCUGUCGUGCGGUCUUUAGUCGAUUUCUGUGGCGUUUAUGCGGAUAUACCUUUUUCUCUUUCAUCUUCCCUCGAUUGAUGCAGAAGCGUUGCAUUUAUAAUAGUCCAGAUUUUCAGCGUGAUAUUAAUUUCUGUCCCCUGCCUGCGAUCUUUCCUUGUUUUAUUCUCUGAAGUGGAGUCUCUGUACUCGGUGCUUGUCAACGUUUCCUUUGUCUAUGUAUGUAGAAGCAUUACUGCCAACUAGGUCUGGUAUUGAGUCUUGUUGGAUUCCUACCUAAUUCAUACCGCGAAUUCAAGCUUUAGUUUCCUGGC